ACACGAUGGCCUCGACCUACGCACAAGGUGGCGGGCAGAUGGAAGACAAGGCGCUUGUCAGAAACUCGAGCUUGACCAUGCUGAAGGAGGCGCUGAUGAGCACGCUGGUCGAAGCCUUGGAUAAGGCGCAGGAGGAUGCCCGAGAGGGAGGGGAAGGAAGGAUGAUGGAGUGGCGGGAGGAAAAGAACGGAGAAGGAGAGAGCCCCGAAGAAAGCAAGGGCGGGGGAAGGGUCGGCGCCUUGGAAGGAGAGAGCGGAGGGGACAGAGGGGGUGUAUGGGAGCAGCGUGGAGUCAACCAGCCACAUGCCCUCCGCCCCGCCCACGCCACCCACCGCAGCGAGAUGGGCGUCUGCCGAUCUCCCCGAGCAGCCCAAAUCGAGCCCGGCGGCGGAGGCCGAGCGGAUGACCAUGUACCGGUGCAUUAUCUCCUCCAUUGUGGAAUCCGAGACCAUUUACCUAGAGUGUUUGGAUGUGGUGUUGCAAGAUCGUCCUCAGCGACACUUGGUUCGCAAUUCAUUUAUUGUAGAGUUGGUUGAAGGUCACAGGAAACUUAGGCAUCUCUUUUUGUUCAAUGAUGUUAUAGUUUGUGCCAAGUACAAACCAACAGGAAGAUCAGAGAAGUUUACAUUUGAAGUGAAAUGGUACAUUAGCCUCCAUGAUAUAGCUGUAUUAAAUGACAGUGGACCAGAGACUCUAAAAGAAUCUAAUCCUCCAAACUUGGUCUCGCUUAAGUCACAAGCCUCUACUAUUCGCGACCAGUUAAGACGGUUAGACAGUAUGGGUGAAAAGGGGGCUAGCCGAAUGAAUCAAGCCCGAAAUGAAAAACAUAGGAAGAAACUAGCUGAAUUGGAGGCCCAGCUAGUUCUAGCUUCUCCAAAUCUCCCAUUUAGAAUAUCGAAGCGAGCGGGACCUGUCCACACAUUCCUUCUAACUUCAGAAUAUGAGCGAGAUCAGUGGGGUGAAGCCAUCCAAGUACUGCAGGCCAACACCCCAGGAGUUGGAGGAAGUUCUCUAACCCUCCAUGAGCUCCAGGGAUGGAUCACAGCCUACAGAUCCUUCCUCAAGACCAACAUGGGUUCCUUCUUACUCAAGUCAGGGAGAGAUGAUUCUUUACUGCUUGGUGACCUGCACAUUGUGGUUUCUAGUCUACAUGGCCUUACUAGACCUGCAAAGAUGUUCGUGUGCUUUGAAGUAGACUCGUAUGGCCAUUUCUUCCGUAAAGUAAAGACAAAGCAAGCUGAGGGUGUUGAACCCCACUGGAAUCAGGACUUCAUAAUUGAAUUAGAAGGGUCACAGACACUUCGAAUUUUAUGCUAUGAAGAAGAUCCAAAGUUGGGUGUACAACUGAGGGGAAAGGCUCACCUUGAGCUGUCACGCUCAUGGUUGAGUGACACCUUGAAUGAACGACGUGUCAGUCUUCAGGACUUGGUGUUGGUACUUUCCCUAAAGUUCCUCCCUCCUGAAGCCACACUCAGAAGAGUCCCAACUGGAAAGUCAUCUGGAUUGUUUGGCACUAACAUUGCCAAUGUGUGCAAGCGAGAAAAGAGGAGUGUACCAUUCAUAGUGACGAGGUGUGUGCGUGAGGUGGAAAGACGUGGGAUGCAGGAGGUCGGAAUAUACAGAGUAUCUGGCUUAGCAUCUGAUAUCACAAAGCUGAAAAAGUCCUUUGAAUCAAAUCCUUAUGAAGCUGAGCAACUUGUCAAGGAGGUGGACAUUCAUUCAGUUACCGGCCUUCUAAAGCUUUUCCUUCGUGAACUUCCGGAGGCUCUCUUUACAGAUGAGCUCUAUCCUCGUUUCUUUGAAGCAUACAGUGCUGCAGAUCCCGAGUACCGGAAAACCACAAUACUCAAACUAUUUUCAUCGCUACCCCAGCUAAACCAGUCAAUUAUCGCCUAUCUUCUUGAACAUUUAGUAAAAGUGCACCAGAUGGAGCAUCAGAACAAAAUGUCUCUUCAUAAUUUGGCCACUGUCUUUGGGCCAACACUGAUCCGGCCGGGAGCCAAGGCCGGUAACCCAUCUCCAGCAGAACAGCUUGCAGCAGGCACAGUGGAUGUCAUGGCUCAGGCAGGAAUACUCCAUUUCUUCCUUACAAGACGUGCACAUGGAGAACCAAUACAGGGUGUCAACCAAUAGGUGUAGAGUCAUAUAUUGUAUGUGUGUGUAUAUAUUUCUAUUAUUUAAUAUUUGUUUUAACUAUUACUGUCUGAACAGAAGUUCAGAUCAUAAUACUGGACUCAAUUGCCAUUAAAGGCCUUAUGGAUGGUGGUAUUAAGGCUUCUCAUUCUUUGGUCUAGUUGCAAUGCUAUAGAAUUAUCUAGUGACAACACUAUGUAUAUAAGACAUUUAUAUUGAACUUAACAGUGAAUUCUACUGUGUUUUCUCAUAUUAAUUGCUAGUGGCUAUAAGUAAAAACUACCAACAUGAUGGAGAUGUGGAAAAAAUGAAUAUUAGUGGAAAAAGAAAGUGGAAAUAAAAUAGAUUAAAGAUCUUCCAUAUUUCCAUAUUUUGUAUGUGACAUGGAAGUUGGUAAACAUACCCCUGGAAAAAGGAUAGUUUUUCAGUCAGGACUUUGUAACCUCAAAUGCCUUCCUGUUCAACCCACACAUUUUAUACUCUUUGAUAUCAUAAUCCUUUUUCAGGUUUUUAGGUUAAACUUGGAUGUCCUUUUUUUUUUUUUACAUAAAUGAGUGCUAAGACCAGUGUUCUGUUUAGUAAAGUGUAUGCAUUUUGCUCCAGAAAAGAAUCAGUGCCUACUGGAAGAGAACCUAACAUACACUGUGACAUUUUCCACCUUCAUGUGACUUGUAGAUGAUUUUAGAUGAAUGUGUCAUUUCUGGAGGAUGCAGUAGAGAGCCUUAGAAACUUUUUUACACAAGUAAAAUGAUGAUAGAAUAUUGAUGAUAUAUAUUUAUGUGAGCCUCAGGAGAUGAGCUGAACUUGAAUUUUUUCACAUUUUUUACUUCCUCUGUUUUCUUGAAAAUGCUAGUCACUACCAUGUGAAAGUUGGUGUGAAUGCAAGUAUUAUUUACAUUUGUGUUGAGCUUUACAAAACCUUUAACUUACUUCAUUUGUAGCCGUACCAGAUACCCAUUCUUAAUGUAACAAUCCUUGGAAUUUUAAGAAGUUUGAUAUUUUUUUUGCGUGUAACAAACUUUAUAUUCAUGGUACUGAUUCAUUAUUUCCGUCAUAUAAAUAUUUCACAAUAAAAUUUGUGGAAAAUCAAAUUAAAAACAAUAUUCAGGUAAAAAUGCUUGACAGUAUGGUCAAAGUAAUGUAGUUAUUGCAUAAAAAAUUAAGGGUUAGUCUCAUAGAUCAUGUGAAUACUUGCAUUUUUGAUAAUACAUAAAGCCUUACGUACAGUAAAGUAAAUGUCUAUAGCCAGUGACAGAUAUUAAUACAGUAUAUGUUGCUUGAAUGAUGAUUUACUACAAAGAAUUAAUGCAUACAUAGAUAUACUUUACAUGCAAAAACAGUUGCAUGAUUAGGAUUAUAACAAGGCAGUGACAGUGUUAUGUAAUCUGACAGACUUCAUCUACAGAGCUUUUGUACCUUUAAUAAUACCAGAUGUAGCAACAGAAACAAAGCAUUCACAUUCUUUCAUAGUAUAAAUGUUUUGUUUUUUUUACAGAAUGAUUCACAUCUGUUGUCUACUGUUUGUGCUCAGAUAGUAGAUAUCUGAGGUACAUAAUGAAAUUUUUAGAUAUGUUUAUGUGUAUUACAAUAUCUCAGUUUUUUAGAUGUGAUAUUAAAAAGAUAUUGCUUUAUCUUUUGAGAUGGUAUUGAUAUAUUUUAUUUUUACCCUAAACCAUUCCUAAAAUAUUACUUCUUUCCACAACAUCAUAUUUUGUAUGAUUUCAAUGCCAAUGUAUUUUUGUCCUGUUUUGUUACCAUUUCUUAUUGUUUUAUAGAUUUUUUCAAGUGCAAAUUCAAAAUAGGAAUGUUGCCAUAAUAAGAUUUGUAUUAUAGAUCCAGUGAUCAAGGUAAUAAGUAUAAGUCAUUGCUACUGUGAUACAUUUGAGUUGAAUAGUAAAAUUGUUGUGUAUUUAGUUCUUUCAUACACUUUAAAAAAAAGAUUUCAUUUAUGUUCCAUUUCAGUUCCAACAUUGUAGAGUAUCAUUGCCCAAUAUUUUUUAACAAACCUAUUAAGUUUUGGUAUUUUUUCUAAUGUGAAUGCAUCUCAGGUGCUGGCAAAGUUGCUGAAUGAAACAAAUCUGAAAGAAAUUGCACACAGAUUGUGCAGUUAAGGUAUUUGUGGAACAGUACCAUAGUUUUGGUUUUAAGAACAUAUCAAGGGUCUCUUUGUGUAAUCAUAUCAUAUAUGAAAUAUACUCUUGCAAAAUGCUUGUUAGGUGUACUGUGAUGUGUUAAAUAUAUAUAUAAUUUUUUUUCCAGUCAUCUUUUACAAAGAGUGAAUUGUAACCUCCUACAUUCAUUGAUACCUGUGGCCUUGACAGCAUUCAGGUGUGUGAGAAACAAUUACCGUAUCUUUUCCUCGGUGGCUAUUUAUUUAAUCUUUUCCAGGGAUUGGCCCUCAACUUUGCAAAAUUCUUGGAAUAUACUGUAAUCAUUUCUUGAGAUACACUUUGAUGGUGCACUAAUGGUCAGAAAAGAAUGCAGAACAUUGCAUUACAAGACCUUCAACUGGUGCAAGUUUCCUCUCCUGUGCAAUGGAUAGUAUUGCUACUUGUCUAUGAUACUCUUGUGCUCAUGAUGCAUCAUUGUGACACCAGUAAUGGAAAGUGCUUAUGUAGGUGUAGAUAUUUGUAUAUAUAUAUAUUUGUAAAUUGUGCUUAUUUUGUACAUUAGGUGUCUGGAGACUUUUGUGUAAAUGUCAUAGUCAGUGCAUAUUAUAUUUUAGUUUAUAGGUUAAUAUUGCCUGAACAGAUUUAUGUUUCAAGAAAUGAGGUAAUCAUGAAUCCCUCUUACUAUAAAAUUAAAAUAAUUUGUAUAGUCUUUAUAGUGGUCAACUUGAUAUGCUCAGAUUGUUAUGCAUAAUUUUUGAGCUAUAUGUUCCAACCUUACUAGAAAUUUGUUCAUAUUGUUAGUUAUCCGGCUCAAUCUUUAUUAACCAUUCACCUUUUUAGAAAAUAAGAAAGAAGAACGUGUUACAUCAGCUUGUUCAAUAAAAGUUGAUUGAAGAUUAUCAUAAAGAAUAAAGCCAUUAUAUCAUUGAUCUGUUGUGAUAUCUCACUCAAAAAAGGUUUCCCAUGUGAAUAGGAUUUGUAAAAAGGUAUGUUGAAGAAUUUUCAACUUUUGUGCAGAUAGAAGAUUGUGUUACGUUUGAUGUGGUACAGCCAUUUUACCACCAGUUCUUCUGUAUACUGAACUACAUUCACAAUGAAAGAGCUGAGAAACACAGUAGUGGACCAGAAACUGUAUUUUUGCAUCUAUUGUAUACAGAGUUGUAUUUGUACUUAAGAAUUAUGUAGAAGUA